AUGCCCGAGGAAGAGAUUCCCCUGGACGAUGGCCAUCGUCCUGCAUCAUCAUCCUCAUCGGGGCCACGUUCGAGACAACCUUCGAUCGGUGACACACACGAGGUUAACGGUGGUGGAGGCGACGCUGGUGGACACUUUGUGGCAAUACGCAACAUGCUGAAUGCCUCGAGGAACCGUCCAGUGGCCCGGAUAGCACCGCUAGAACCAUCGUUCGUACCAGCACCACAGCGUUACUAUCCGAUCGUCAUACCAGCCGAGCCCACGAUCGAGGAGUUACUGCGCCAUGCAGCGGGAACACAGGAUCUAUCAACCGUGACCGAAAUCAAGCUGAAGGUCAUCUCCCACAUGACGAGCCUGCAACGAAUACCCUGCUUCAUACCCCACCUCCGCUCGCUCAUCCUCGAAGGGAGCAUAGUGCUGACGUUACGUGAUCUGGGCUGCGAUAUGACCUCGCUACGCUACCUGAACGUGUCGCGCUGUAGCCUGAAGCAUCUGGAUGGUACCACCGGACUGGAAUCGCUGGAGGAGCUCGUGGCCGAUUACAAUCUGAUCGAGGAAGUGGGACCGUGCACCAAUCUGAUCAACAUAAAGAAAAUCAGCCUCAAAGGGAACCGGAUAACGGAUCCCGGCAGCGUUACCUUUCUGGCGCUCUGCGAAAAGCUCGAGUCACUGGAUCUGCGUGAGAACUUUGUCUCCGAGGGACCGUCCUUCCGGCCGAUGCUAAAGACCAAUAUUCCGCAGUUGCGCUGCCUCAACGCGAUCCCAUUCAGUGAUGUGGGCCGAGAUGAGGAAACGGAUCUUUCGAGCUCUGAGUAUCGCUCGUCGAGUUCGGGUAGCCUGGAGGAAGGACAGCGUGAGCGCUGGGAGGUGACGGGAUUGGGUGAGCGUCCCCGUGGACCACCGGUUCCCAGUCAUGCACCACGCCGUCCAACAACGGCAUCAAUCGAACGUCGUGUAACGGUGGAACUUCGUGACCAGGAACGGCCUUCAACGGCAGAUCCGGUCAAGAUAAAAGCCCAGCUAACGUCCGGUGAACCCGUUGUGGGCAGUAUCGUCACCAAGGCACGCCGCCGACGCCGCCAGCGGACGGCCUGGGGUGAAUCGACUUCCUGCUCCAGUGUCAGCAGUUCGGAUUCGUCCUUUUCCAAAGAGUUUCCCGAACGGUUGCCCCAGAAAGCGGUCGAUCUGGAGCUCGGUGUAAUCGGUAUGCGUCAGGCCCAGCCAUCGCAUUCUGGUGGCCACUCGAGGCCGGCUGGGCAACGACCUUCGGAACCGGACGGAACCGACACGGCCAUGCCAGAUGAUCCGCAGAGUUUGUUGCGUGCGGCACGGUUGUGGCGUCAGCGAUCGGUGCAAACGCGUGAAACGAUUCGUGAGCAGGAACAGUUACUGGUGCUCCGGCAGUUGACCGAUGAGGAUUAGC